CCUGCAUCUGCGAGGCCGAAUUUGAACGUUAUGGUCAACGCUGCUGUAACCCGUAUUACCUGGGCUUCUCAAGGGGCCAAUGGAACGGUAACGGCGACAGGUGUAGAAUUUUCGUGUAAUGGACAAAUAGGGACCGUCAGAGCGAAAAGGGAGGUGAUUUUGUCGGGUGGAUCGGUUGGGUCUCCACAGGUGUUGAUGUUGAGUGGUGUUGGGCCCCGGGAUGUUUUGGAGAGUGUGGGUGUUGAUGUUGUUGUUGAGUUGCCCGGGGUGGGGCAGCAUGCACAGGAUCAUUUGGUGAGUUUCAGUGUGCUUCCGACGGAGGGGUUGGUUGAGUUGUUACUUAGUUUAAAUGCGCCCGGGCAGGUUAUGGUUCAGGCUGCUCUGCAGAUUCCGUUUAGUCAGGCAGGGUUGUACGUCAACUCUACAUCAGUAUUCGGCCACCCUGUUAUUGAUCCGCAGUAUUACUCGCAUCCUGCAGACGUAACGGUGAUUCGUCAAGGCCUCAAAAUAGCUCGCACCAUUGGACAAACUUCCCCCCUAUCAAACAUCCUCGGCAACGAGAUCUCAUCUGGUUUAAGCGUAUCCACGGACGAGGAAUGGGAGGAGUGGUUGAGGAGUAACAGUGUGACGGAGUAUCACCCUUCGUCGACAUGCGCGAUGAUGCCGUUUGAGAUGGGGGGGUUUAUGGGAUUUGUGACGAAUAUGAGAGUUGUGGAUGCGUCGAUUUUCCCGUUGGCUAUGUCUAGUCAUGUACGUCCUUCUCCUUUUUCUCCCCUCCCCUUUCACCUCUUCUCACUUGCUCUCUGGCGAUGGAUAGCUCAUGGCGCCAACGUACGGCCUCGCAGAACAAGCUGCUAUCAUCAUUCGGGCCGCUCAGAAUCAGCCUGGUAG